AUAGGCAGUGGCGGCCCGGCAGGAGGAGCUCGGGGCGUCGCUCCGUUUCCCCCCCACCCCCCUCUCGCUCCGUCUCCGCCGCCCCCGGAGGCAGAGCUCAGAUGAAAUCAAAAGAACGAUAAAAUUUGGAGAAGAAAAAGAAGCUGCAAUUGCUUUCCUGGUCUGCAGUUUGACAGGGCAUUAAGAUGUCCGUGGACAUGAACAGCCAGGGCUCUGACAGCAAUGAAGAGGAUUAUGACCCUAAUUGCGAGGAGGAGGAAGAGGAUGAGGAUCCUGGGGAUAUUGAGGAUUAUUAUGAUGGGGUAGCUAACGACGUGGAGCAGCAGGGAGCAGAUGCCUUUGAUCCAGAGGAAUAUCAGUUCACCUGCCUGACUUACAAGGAGUCGGAGAGCACUCUGAAUGAACACAUGGCCAGCUUGGCUGCCACGUUAAAGGUAUCACAUGCUGUUGCAAAGCUAGUAUUAGUUAGUUUCCACUGGCAAAUCUCAGAGAUUUUGGAAAGGCACAAGUCUAAUGCUGCCCAAUUGCUAGUAGAAGCACGAGUUCAGCCCACCUCAUCCAAACAUGCAAUGGUACAUUCCUCCCAUCACUGUGCAGUGUGCAUGCAGUUUGUCCGGAAGGAGAACUUGCUCUCUCUGGCUUGUCAGCACCAGUUCUGUCGCAGCUGUUGGGAGCAGCAUUGUACAGUGCUUGUCAAGGAUGGUGUUGGAGUCGGGGUCUCCUGCAUGGCUCAGGACUGCCUGCUUCGGACACCAGAAGACUUUGUGUUUCCAUUGCUGCCUAGUGAAGAGCUGAAAGACAAAUACAGGCGCUACCUCUUCAGGGACUAUGUGGAGAGCCAUUAUCAGCUGCAGCUGUGUCCUGGUGCAGACUGUCCUAUGGUCAUACAGGUACAAGAGCCAAAAGCCCGGCGAGUGCAGUGCAAUCGUUGCAGUGAGGUCUUCUGCUUUAAGUGUCGGCAGAUGUACCACGCACCCACAGACUGUGCUACCAUUCGGAAAUGGCUCACCAAGUGUGCAGAUGACUCCGAAACAGCCAACUACAUCAGUGCUCACACUAAAGAUUGUCCCAAGUGCAAUAUCUGUAUUGAAAAGAAUGGAGGCUGCAAUCACAUGCAAUGCUCCAAAUGCAAGCAUGACUUCUGCUGGAUGUGUCUGGGAGACUGGAAGACUCACGGCAGCGAGUACUACGAAUGCAGUCGGUACAAAGAGAAUCCUGAUAUUGUAAACCAGAGUCAGCAAGCACAGGCCAGGGAGGCCCUUAAGAAGUACUUGUUCUAUUUUGAGAGGUGGGAGAAUCACAAUAAAAGCCUACAGCUGGAGGCACAGACAUACCAACGAAUCCAGGAGAAAAUACAGGAAAGAGUUAUGAACAACUUGGGAACAUGGAUUGACUGGCAAUACCUACAAAAUGCUGCAAAACUACUUGCAAAGUGUCGUUAUACCCUGCAGUACACAUACCCGUAUGCCUACUACAUGGAGUCUGGUCCCAGAAAGAAACUGUUUGAGUACCAGCAGGCCCAGCUGGAAGCUGAAAUUGAAAAUCUCUCAUGGAAGGUGGAGCGAGCAGACAGCUAUGACAGAGGGGACUUAGAGAAUCAGAUGCACAUAGCAGAGCAAAGACGGAGGACCCUGCUGAAAGACUUCCAUGAUACAUAGACAGGAGGAAGUGACAAAGUGCAGGGGUGAGAGCAGCGAGUGAAGUGAUGGCAGCUUCACUGGGAUAAGCAGGCACUGCCUCUGGGAGAACACAGCCAAGGACAAAGCCACCCCUCCCCUUGCAAGUCAGACACAUGCAAACACCACAUCUUAGUCCAGUUUGUUCUCUUAUCUUUCUGUUUCUGUUUCUGCCAGGCUAGAGGCCAGAGUUCAGAUUGGCAUAUUUCCUGGGACAUUUCCCUCCUGCCCUUGAUGGUUUCAGAAGGGGAGGGAUUUUUUCUCUGAAUGGCUGUUAAUAGUAUUAGAUCAUUACAAUUUAUGUAAUUUUCAACGGUUGUACAAUUAUACAAAAAAAACUUAGAAUAACACACAACCCUUUUUAAAAAUAAAUUGGCAGUGGAGUGUUUUUCCUUAAUCUGCUUGGAAAUUUAAUGGGCUUUUCCCCAUCUCCCUCUCCCUUCCUCUGACCCAAAAAACCUCCUAGGCACUGAAGGAGGUUACAGAAUAUCUCAGCUAGAUUUUCCGAUGCUCCUUUAGCCAGGGCAUUGUAGCAUUGGCAUUGCAUGAGGAGAGUGGCUGGUGUUAAGAGUGGCUGCUGCUGUGUCUGACCUGACAGUACCAGCAGUGGCCAUGAUUUAGUAUGAUUACAUGUGACAUCUCUUUUAUUGUAAGUCAGUUGUGCAAAAUCCUGCUACACAAACAAAAGCAAACAGAGGAAUUGUAGGGGAGAGACCAGUUUAAUACUGGGGUAUAUGCCUUGAGUCAGGUCAGAUUCUGCAUUUGAUGAAUUUUAGGUCUUCCAUGUAGAUUUUUGCUUUACUUGUUUUUGUGGGGAGGGUGUUGUAUUGCCAAAGUGAGUGAUGAGGGAAUAGUAGCAUACAGUUGUUAAUCAAGGCUUGGGGCUUUUGCAGAGUGAAACAAUCCAUGUUAUAACAGUGCCAUGCAGCCUGGUAAAGAUUAUUUGUGCCUGCUGGGUAACAUGGCUGAGAAAAUUCUAUCCCAUUCAUCAAGGUGAGACUAAACACAGCUACAUUGUGAGGAGGAAAGAUUAUGUACAACACACUCCCUGGCACAUGUUGGCAAUGUGGACGGGCACUUGAAUCAGGGCCUGCACCAAGCCAGGCAGAAAAUUAACUAGCAGAAUUAAUUUAUUUGUAUAUUAGUAUUGAUACUGGUGGGAACUUAUCAGAAAAUUGAUCGUUAGGAGCAUGUGGAGCUUUUCUAUUAACAUUCUUUUUUCUAAUGUAAAAUAUACACCAAAAUAAAAAUAUGAAAACCUA